AUGCUCCGCUUGAACCCCUUGCCCCAGGUUCACAUUUAUAAGCAUCCUCAACUAUCAAUUUUUGACCCGAAUUUAUGCCCCACACCGAUCAUCAUGGCAUCUGACAAAGUUGAACCCAAGACAGACAGGCUGGAAAUAGAGGAUCUGUCCGUCACAGAUCUAGUCCAGCAAGCUCAACAAAGCGAUGCCGCGGACCGGCAUUUGACAGUCAUGCAGGCCGUGAAAAAAUACAAAAAGGCCGUAUUCUGGGCAAUGUUUCUUUCAACCAGCUUGAUCAUGGAAGGGUAUGACUUGGUCAUCAUUACAUCCUUCUAUGGACAGACCCAGUUUAAACAACGAUUCGGAAUCGUGGACAAAGCCACUGGGUUAAAGUACAUCCCUGCAUCAUGGCAGUCCGGGCUAUCCAACUCAUCGGUAGUCGGGCAGCUUGCGGGCUUGCUCAUCAACGCAUAUACCCAAGAUCGCUUUGGAUGCCGACCGACCAUGAUGUUCUUUAUGGCUUGGAUGGCCAUAGUGAUUUUUAUUCCUGUCUUCUCCCAGUCCUUGUCAGUCUUGGCCUUUGGCGAGGCGAUGUGCGGUAUUCCUUGGGGAGUCUUCCAGACUCUAUCAACGACAUAUGCGUCAGAGGUCGUUCCUACUGUCGUUCGUCCCUAUGUCACUGCAUAUGUAUGCAUGUGUUGGGGAGCUGGUAUUUUGCUUUCUUCGGGGGUUGUGCGAGCUGUGACAAAUCUGGACAGUGAUCUUGGUUGGAGGCUUCCCUUUAUGCUUCAGUGGAUUUGGCCGGUUCCACUCUUUAUCGGAGCCUAUCUUGCCCCAGAAUCACCGUGGAAUGCGGUGCGACGCGGCGCUAUCGACCAGGCACGGAAAUCAUUGACUCGUCUGCGCCAGGAAGCACCUAAUCGGGGUGAAGAAGUUGAGAAGACGCUUGCAUAUAUCAUACAUACGACUGAGUUGGAAAAGGCAGAGACCGAGAAUGCCAGCUUUCUGGAUUGUUUCAAAGGGACAAACUUGCGACGAACGGAAAUUAACUGUGUCGUGUGGGCUGCUCAGAUCUUGUGCGGCAAUGCUCUUCUGGGUUACGCCGUGGAAUUUCUCGAGAACGCCGGGUUCUCCGAGGUCCAAGCAUUUGAUCUCAAUAUCGCGCUGUCAUCGUGUUACAUCAUCGGCGGCAUCAUUUGUUGGUUACUAUUCCCACACGUCGGCCGUGCGACCAUUUACAUGGGAGGCCUCACUUUCAUGUUCAUUUGCUUGGUUGUAAUUGGUGCUCUGGGUUUCGUGAAAGGCAACGGGGCCCAGAUGGCAGUUGGCAUUCUCCUGGUGAUCUCCACAUUGUGCAACAUGAUUACUGUCGGGCCCGCCUGUUAUCCCAUUGUAGCCGAGACACCAUCUGGGCGGCUUCGUUACAAGACCAUUGUCAUCGGGAGAUUCGUCUACAACCUCACCGGCAUUUUCCAUAACAGCGUCACCCCGCGCAUGGUCUCAGCAACCGCUUGGAACUGGGGAGCUAAGGCAGGGCUCUUUUAUGCCGGUACAAACUUACUUUGCAAUAUUUGGUGCUGGUUCAGACUACCUGAGACCAAAGACCGCACCUUUGGCGAAAUUGACAUUCUCUUUGAUCGUCGUACGCCAGCACGCAAGUUCAAGGUUACUGUGGUCGACCGUAAGUAUUUGUCCUCCUUUAACAUUGCUAUUGUAUUGCGGGGUGCUGAUCUAAGUGACUUCCUAGAAUUCUCCAAUGAAACCCUGACCAAGAGCGAAGAGCAUCAUUGA